AUGUCCAUCAAACCUCGCCUGCUCGUCGUGCUCGGCGGCGCAAUAACGAUGUGCAACGGUCUCCAGCUGUUCACGGCCGUCGAGUCGCUCGUGGCGACGCCCUACGCGAAGCUCGAGAAGAAGGUCGCGUCGCAGCAGAUCCCCGCCGUCGCCGCGGCGCCGGCGCCGCGCAAGACGCUCGCGAGCGAGCUCGCCGGCGGCGCGUCCUUCGACCACUCGGCCUGGGACGCGCUGCUCAAGGCGCACGUGCGCGACGACGGCACCGUCGACUACGGCGGCCUCGAGCGGGACGGCGACGCGUUCCGGGGGUACCUCGCGGCCCUCGCGGCGGCAGACGUCGACGCGCUCGGCGACCGCGAGCAGCUCGCGCUCCACCUCAACGCCUACAACGCCCUGUGCGUCGCGCACGUGCUGCCCGUGCACGGCACGCUCAAGUCGAUCCUCGACUUGAGCGAGAAGGACGCGCCGAUCUGGGACAAGGUCGCGGGCGAAGUGGGCGGCGUCGCCGUGUCGCUCAACGACAUCGAGCACGAGCGGCUCCGGCUGCGCUGGGACGAGCCCGAGCUCCACGCGUGCAUCGUCUGCGCGUCGACGUCGUGCCCGUCGCUCGCGCGCUUCGCGUUCGCGGGCGACGGCCUGGAGCGCGACAUGCGCGCGCGCGCGGAGUCGUGGCUCCGGGACGGGUCCAAGGGCUGCGCCGCGGAGCGGGGCGGCGCCGUCGCGCGCCUGUCGCGCAUCUGCCUCUGGUUCGAGGACGACUUCGACACGCGCGGCGGCGCGGCGGCCUUCGUCCGCGACCACGUCGACGGCGGCUCCGCGGCCGCGCGCGCGCUCGACGGCGGCGCGGCGCUGCGCUACUUCCCCUACGACUGGUCCCUCAAUAAGGUAGCGAAGUGA